CGUCUCCUCUGUCCUCCUCCUAUACGCUCCUAGGACAUCCUAUCAUCUCCUGUCCAUAUCCAGCUCAGCUUUCAGGAUCCCCCAGCAUUGUCUAUGAUGUCCUCUGUUCCUUAUCUCCUACCCCUAUGUUCCUCUCUGCUCCCUCCUCCCCACUAACCCGGUCUCUCCUCCCUCCUCUCCUCCCUUCCCUCUUUCUCUGGAGGGCUGGGAUUUAAUCCCUUGAUGAUAUCAGUCUGAGGAUUUCAAAAGAAACUUUCCACAACAAGGCUGACCAGGGCGAAGGAGAGCGGGGACGUCAAGGGCACCAGAAAGUUCUGCAAGAGGAUUCGGCCAAGGUUGGAACCCUGUUGCUAUCCGGAUGACUAAGGAGAAGGAUACAGAUAAGUAUCAGGGACGUGUACAGACAUUUUAGGGGGCCGGGGCUGAACUAAAAAAAAAAAAAAGGGGCACUUCUUAUAAUUAUUUAUAUAAAUGCCCACAAAAUGACGCCAGAUUGCCCAGGGCACUUAUAGGACGGUCGUCAAAGGGGCAGGGGCUCAAGGCCCCUUUCUGGUCAACCUGUGCCCGUCCCUGGAUAAGUUAGAAGACAAGUAAGAGCCAACAAUCCCGUGAUGGAAGCGUAAAAAAGAUAAGAUAGACAUGAAGGACCUACUUUGUAUCAAAGUUGGCACAAGACUAAGGAUAUAGACAAGGAUCUGCUUGAAGAUAUGAACAUCACAGGAUCUAUAGAGAUUGGAUUCGGUUACGUCUUCUCCUAGAACUCUUCUUCUUGGAAUAAUCUGGAUUUAUGGGUCGUGACAUGUACGUCAAGAAGAAACGUCAAGAAGAAACGAGAAACAACAUUUUGUUGGAUUAGCCAAGAUUCAUGGUCUUGCUGUCCAGUGUCGCUGUUGACCUGUAAUCUCUGGUGGUCUCUUCUGAUUGACAUCUGUCUCGGAUCCAUUUUUCUUGACUUCUGGAAUGGCUCCACCUGGGCAAGUGACUCCAUAUUCCUAUAUGUCGAUUCGCCGGUUGUGACGUGGUGUCUGAAAGGAGAUAUUGAGCAGCCAAAUGUCGGACGAGGAGCAACCACCUGGGGUGAAGCCCUCUCGGGCCAUGGGCAAAGAGAUCACUAUGAAUCCUCUGCAGGAAUGGGGGGAGGAGGUUGAAGACGGAGCAGUCUAUGGAGUGACCCUGAGGAGAGUGAGGACGGAGAGCCCCUCGGGAGACCUACUGGCCGUGGCAGCAUCUCCUGGUUAUGUCCACUAUAAGACGUGUAAGGUCCGCAGCAUUCGUGCUGGGACUCUGGAGAAUCUGGUGGAGAACCUCCUGGUGGAGUAUCAGGGAAGUGAUCCUGGGUAUGUGCCCACCUUUUUGAGCACCUACCGUGCCUUUACCUCAUCUGAAAAGGUCCUGGAGCUUCUAUUAGACAGACAUCUUGAAAAAGUUGGUGACAAGGAGUCCGCAAUGCCUGGCAGCCCCGUUCCAGACACUCCAUCUGUGCAGAGGGUGGUACGUGGUGUCCUGCAGACUUGGAUAGAAAGACACCCUCAAGAUUUCCGAGACUCUUCACGAUGUUUGCAGCUUAUCUCUUCCUACCUAAGCCAAGACUGUCGUGAGAACCCCAGCCAGCUUCUCCGCCUCGUAAAGAGCCUAGAAGAAGAGGGAGAGCAUGAUUCUUCACCAAAAGAUUGGAGAUCUAUAACUCGGCCAGCAGAGGGAGACUAUGACACCUCUGAAAACACAACAUCUUUAUUAUCAUACCCACCCCAGGAUGUGGCAGAACAACUCACACUAAUAGAUGUGGAUCUCUUCCAGAAGUUGCAGUCUUGCCACUGUCUUGGGAGUAUAUGGUCUCAGCGCGACAAGAAGGAGAACAGACAUGUUGCUCCAAGUGUCCGAGCCACUGUAGCCCAGUUCAAUGCUGUGACAGCCUGUGUGACUGCAUCUGUGCUGAACGACAUCCAGAUGAAGCCACAGAUGAGGGCCAAAGUGCUGGAGAAGUGGAUCUCUAUAGCACAGUACUGCAGAUUUCUACGUAACUUCUCUUCACUGAGAGCCAUAUUGUCGGCCCUUCAGUCCAAUUCAAUCUACCGGUUGAAGCGAACAUGGGCGGCAGUGAGCAGGGACAAUCUAAACAUCUUCCACAAGUUAUCAGCCAUCUUCUCAGAUGAGAACAACCAUGAGAUGAGCCGAGAAAUCCUGACCAAGGACGAGAUCCCGCUCCGCAGGACAAACAGUGCACGCAACGAGCCGCGCCCACUUCAGAGGUCAGCGUCGCAGGUCCGCUCCACGAGACCGGCCCAAGGGACUGUGCCAUAUCUCGGGACGUUCCUAACAGACCUUGUUAUGCUGGACACAGCACUUCCUGACAACGUAGAGGGUGGGCUGAUAAACUUUGAGAAGAGGAGAAAGGAGUACGAAGUCUUGGCUAAGAUUCAGAAGCUGCAGCUGACUUGUCGUCAUUAUGUUCUGACACCAAAGCCGGAAAUUUUACAAGCUUUCUACACCCAUCGGCAGCUGACUGAAGACCAGAGUUAUAGAAUAUCUCGUAGCAUUGAGCCCCCAGCAGAUUCUUGUCCAAAUUCUCCACGGAUCCGCAGGAAACUAACCAAGAGGUUCAGCUCGUUAUUACUAGGCUCCGAAGUGUUCAGUCCAAAGAUGAAUGGAGACCGGGUAUCUCCGUCAGGUUCCUGCAGCAGCUGUGAGAUAGAUGAAGGGAUCAUUGCUGCUCUGUGUCCUGCGGAACCUGUCGCAGCUAAGGAUCGUGGAAAUAUGGUGGAGCCUCUCACUCCACCCAACACUCCAGGCAGAGAAGACGCACCUCGAUGUGUUUCGUCACCUCGCUCUCCGGUCUCCCCCUCCCUCCCUGUAUACAACCAGCAGAUUGCAGACCUCUGUAUUAUACGUGUCAGCAUGGAAAACACCCAUGGAAACCUGUAUAAGAGUAUACUGCUCACCAGUCAGGAUAAAUCUCGCAUUGUAAUACAGAGAGCUUUACAUAAACACAACAUAGAGUCCUGUAAACCAGACGAUUUCCAGCUGGUGCAGCUAUUAUCCGAGGGUAAAGAACUCACCAUCCCGGACACUGCCAAUGUAUAUUAUGCCAUGAACACUUCCGCCAACUUUGACUUUGUGUUACGGAGAAGAGUGAAAAUCAGCUGACCUUGAUACCUACCUACUUGACCUUGGGACUGCAACAAGGGACUUCCUGAAGAGCCAUCUCCAUCUGUGUAGCACAAUACUCCGACAUGUCAUGAAGACAGUGUAGCUUAUAGAACUGGAAAGUUCAUUUUCUGAACCUAUGUUUCUACAGAUAUCCAUUAUGAUGGCUUCCGGUGGUUACCCCCAAAAUUGUGUUCUUUAUCGUCAGAAGGCCUAUUUAACCUAGAUCAGUUUAUAAAAGCACCCUCAAUUUUGGAUCCAGGAAAAAGAUAAUUUUGAAAGUUGCUAAACUUAUUUUUUUUGGCGUAUAUAUUUUGAUUUACGUAGAAUGGGCAAUUUCAGUCAUAUAUGAAAAAGACUGUACAUGCUGACUUAUGUUUGUCUACAGGGGGCAGUAUUGUUGUAUAGCCUUGUAUAUAGGAGGCAGUAUUAUUGUAGUUAUAUUCUGUUGCUUAGGUGGCAGUAUUAUUGUAGUUAUAGAUGUGUCCAUUAGGAGCAUUAUUGUAAAGGCUAUAUUCUGGCCCAUAGAGGGCAGUAAUACUAAUAAUAAUAUAUUACUGUAGUACUGUAAUAUAUUAAUAUAUAUAUAGUAAUAUAAUAACUUUAUUCUUGUCCAUAGGAGGCAGUAUUACCGUAGAUAUAUUUUAAACAGUAAGGGAUAAUAUUAAUGAAGCACUCCAGGAGAUUUCUUUUUUUGUCUAUUUGGUGCAGCACAGGCUAUUAUCAGAGAAUAAUUUAAAGGUUCUUAUGUAUGCCUUGUGCUUACCUGUUUUAUGUGGCAGGCAUAAGUUAGGCUCCAUACUGUUUUAUCACUAAUAUGGAUUCCUAAUGCUGCCUAAAUUUCCCAUGAAUCCUCUGGCUUUGUAGGGAGAGGGGGUGGGGUUUGAUCACGGCACCUGGUCAUCUUAUUAAGUGUGUACUCUGGGACAGACCUUUAUUUAUUUUUUAACUUGCCCAGAAUGCCAGCAUUUAGAUAAAAAAAAAAAAAAAAACUAGACUUACCUCCCAUCCUGCUUCUUGUGGUUGACUUGCCACACUGCCACUCAGACCGGUGAUGGGCUAAGCAACAAUGUGACGUAUUGAGCCCCGGCACUAGGGAGAAGCCUGGGAUCAAUGAUAGCAUUGAUAAAUCUAUCUCUGAUGGUUAUGUUAAUUAUGACUGAAAUUGCUCUUAAAAGGGAAUAUGCCAGCUUAAUACCAGGUACUGCCGAUUCUGGCAGAUAGGUGCUACAGAAAUAAAACAAACCAUUCGUUAUGAUCAUCACUUUUCGAAAACUCAUAAAGGGCCUUUCUUGGUUGUAGCUGAAGUGUCAAAUAGGUGGUGCUGA